UUCAUAUACCUUACGUUUCUGGAUUCAGGAUGCGGUGCGUUUUUGCCAUUCAACUUAUCAGCGUAUUGAUGAUUUCCCACGUUGAUCUUAGCUAUGGCCAGUGUUCGGAUAUCAACUGGCAUUCAAGCCUAGACCGAGUGGGGUGGUCCACUUGUCCCGAUUCUAGAACUUAUCUCAAGGGAUUGUGGAGAAACGAUAACAAACCUGGAGACGAGAGAGUUGGGCGCAUUGAAACUGCAAGAUGCUGUAACGCUUUUAUUUCAGCCUAUCACAAACAACCUUCAACGUGCUUAAAUGCAAAUUGGGCGCAGACUUUGGAUAGAAAAUAUGUCUGGGCUCUGUGUCCUGCCGGUUAUUACAUGCAGGGCGUAAGGCUCGGCGCUGGUCCACCAGCCUAUCUAAACAACAUUGACGAGGCAAAAUGUUGCCACCCACAGGGUCAUCCAAACAGUUUUGAACACUGCUACGAUGAAGACUACACUUAUAAGUUUGACAAUAAAGGUUGGGCGUUCUGUAAGCAAUUGGGCUAUUACUUGGUGGGUAUUUACAAAAGUGACUGCAAUCAACUUUACUGCCUGGAAAAGCUCAGAUGCUGCAAGAUGAAGUUAGGUGCUGUUAAUGGUGGAUGGAGCAACUGGGGAAACUGGGGACAAUGCAGCGCUACUUGUGGACAGCAUGCACAGCAAGAGCGCACGCGCAGCUGUACCAAUCCUCCUCCAUCACUCGGUGGGGCGCAAUGCAACGGAGAAAGCAAAGAAACAAGAUACUGUGGUGGCCAUGCUUGCCCUGUAAAUGGAGGGUGGAGUAUGUUUGGACUUUGGGGCCAAUGUAGUGCCUCUUGCGGAAUUGGAUAUCAAGAGCGCGUACGCUCCUGUACCAAUCCUCCUCCUUCCGGCGGCGGGGCGCAAUGUUCAGGUGAAAACAGAGAAACAAGGUCUUGUAAUGGUGGAGGGUGCCUAA